AUCACACACAUUUCUCUCAUUACAUUCCAAACCAGAACACAAAAAGAUGAAUUCCAAAUGGGUAUUUUUUGUAUUGAUCAUAGCAACAAUGUUAGUAACACUGGAAGCACAAACAUCAGUGAAACCAUUGGUGAAAACAGUGAAGGGAAAGAAAGUAUGUGACAAAGGGUGGGAAUGCAAAGGUUGGUCUGUGUAUUGUUGCAAUGAGACAAUCUCUGACUAUUUACAAACAUACCAAUUUGAGAAUUUGUUUUCAAAGAGGAAUGAUCCUGUGGCACAUGCUGCUGGAUUUUGGGACUAUCGUUCUUUUAUUACUGCUGCUGCACUUUAUCAGCCUCUUGGAUUUGGAACAAGUGGUGGAAAACAUGGUGGUCAGAAAGAGGUUGCUGCUUUCCUUGGUCAUGUUGGAAGCAAGACAUCUUGUGGUUAUGGGGUAGCUACUGGGGGACCCUUAGCUUGGGGUUUAUGCUACAAUAAGGAAUUGAGCCCUGAUAAAUUCUAUUGUGAUGAUUACUACAAAUUAACCUAUCCAUGCUCUCCUGGUGCAGCUUACUAUGGUCGUGGUGCCAUACCAAUUUACUGGAAUUACAACUAUGGAAAAGCUGGGGAAGCAUUAAAAGUGGAUCUAUUAAACCAUCCAGAAUACAUAGAACAAAAUGCAACAUUAGCCUUCCAAGCAGCAAUAUGGAAAUGGAUGACCCCACCUGAAAAACACAUACCUUCAGCCCAUGAUGUUUUUAUUGGAAAUUGGAAACCAACAAAAAAUGACACAUUGUCCAAAAGGGUACCUGGAUUUGGUGCCACAAUCAAUGUUUUAUAUGGUGAUCAAGUUUGUGGCCAAGGUUCUGAUAAUGAAGCAAUGAAUAACAUAAUUUCUCAUUAUCUUUAUUACCUUGAUUUAUUGGGAGUUGGUAGAGAAGAGGCAGGGCCUAAUGAAAUUCUCUCUUGUGCUGAACAAGCUGCUUUUAAACCAUCUGGCUCACCUUCUUCAACAAGUACUUGAAUUGAUGAGGUUUUAAUUCUAAUUGUGAAUUCUUCAAAUCAUGCAAAAUGUAAUGUGUAUAGAUUAUUAUGAAUAUGCUAUAUAUCUUGCUUCUUUUUUUAUGUUUUUUUUUACUCAAUGAUCAUGGUAUGAUUUGGAUAUAUUUUUGAACAAUA